AUGACAUCGGCUGGUGGCCCUGGCGCCGGCAGCCCUCUGAUUGCGGGAGUGCUCACGACCAGCGGCGAGUUUCACGACUUUUCAGACGAUGACCUCGGAGGCUCCAACCUCUUUGACUUUUCCAACAGCCCCGAUACCCUCCAGAGCCUCGACGCCAUCAGCAGCUCCAAGGAUCAGGACGCCUUUCUCAACCCCCAGCAGCUGGCUGUCGGGCCCUUCCCCGACUCGCCCAACGGCUCAUCUCAGGACUCCUCCUCCGAGUCUGCUGAGCCCUCCAAGCGUACUGCCAGUUCAACACCCGCAAAGACGCCUGCUACCUCGGCUGGUGAUGCCAGCAUGGACGACGACAGCUCGCAUAUGAACAUGGAUUGGGGGAAUGCCGACCUCACACAUUUUGAUGAUGACAACAACACCUUCAGUUUUGGUGCCGUCACUGGCCAGACUGGCGGCAACGGCUUCUACGGCUUCACCGAACAAGAUGAUAGCUUCAUGGACCAGUCUUUCGACUUUGACAGCGCAUCCGCCAGCCCCGAUGCGAUCUCCACAGGUCCUGUAGCAAUGGCCUCACCCGGCAUGCCGACCAUUAAAUCGGCAAGCCCCAAUAAGAAUAAUAAAUUCCCUGCAAAGCCGAAACCUCAAGCUUACAAGAAGAAGGCUUCGACACACUCCGUAUCAUCUUCACAAAAUGGCAUCAAGCGAUCACUUUCUCGAGAAGUCUCGCCCAUGUCAACUUUGGUCGCCAGCCACAACUCUUCUCCCGCUACGGCCUUUAUGAACUCGCCACCAACCAACGUCAAGGCCGAGUUCUUCCAGAUGAUGGGUCAGGGUGGCAUGUGGCCUACUCAGGCUGAAGCGCAAGCUGCCGCGACUUCGGAUGGCGUGCCAUCGCCGGUCCCGUUUGUGCCAAACAACGUAGCCCAAGCCAGACAAAUGGCUCAGCACAUCGCCAUGUUCAACGCAGCCCCAUUUAACUUUACUGGCUGUGAGCUUCGAAUUUUGCCCACGCCAUUAAAGUCCCGAGUCGAGACGCAGAUUCCUAUCAAGAUGACGCUCUCCCCGCUACCCCCUGGUGUAACCAAGCUCCACCUUCCUGCACAUACGAUAUCCAAGCCGAAGCUCCUAGCAAAGCCGACACCGGAGCCGUCUCCCGAUACUCUUGUGCUACAUGUCAGCUUAGUCUGUACCAGCGCAAUGGAGCACCCUGAGUGGAAGAAGAAGGCUCUCGAGAGGGCCAGGACACAGCCACAGGGCAGCCUUCCCGACUUGGAUGACGAAGAGAACGCUCCCCAAAAUGGUGGAGAGGUUCGUAUAUGUGCUGGCUGUAUUACCCGAGAACGUAAGAGGGCGGCCAGGAAGAAGAUUAAGAAGCCCGACGAGGAAAAGGUAUGGAGCCAAGACGAAGAACGCCGUGUCAUUGUCUUCAAUACCCAAGAAGUCAAGGAGUGGCAACCCAUGAGUGGCAUGCUUGAUUCCAACGGACGGCCGGAACCCGUUGUAUCAAAUCGCACCAUGCAGAUUGAUGCACCCAUGCGCAUCGCCUGUUACUGCCGCCACCACGGAGAGAAGAUGGGUUUCAACGUCAUCUUCACCAUCAAGGAUCACCAAGACCGUGUGAUUGCCCAAGCCAUGUCCAACCCCAUCAUGAUUACCGAUGAUCAUAAGACACAUCCCAUGGCCCAGCUUACUUCACAGCCUCCAAUGUCCGAAACAGUCAGCUCCUCGUCACUCCCCCUCACUUCUACCCCAGGCAGCGAUGUCAAUGGCAUGAUGGCACCCAUGCCGAACGGCAACUUUAGAAUGUCGCAAGCGGGAAGCGACAUAUCUUCUAUGCAGAAUGGCUACACAAGCUCCAACUCGGGCAAGACGACGCCAACUAUGAGUACAGCGACCGUACCGGCACGUCCACACUCGAGACCUGGCUCCCCAACCCAGGGACAUCCCGUUCCAAAGAGAAGAAAGGCUAGCAACUCUCGCGUACCAAACGGUUUGGAGAUGACCCGACUGGACACAUCGCCACAGCCCACGCAAUCCGCUGCCACCCAAAGAUCGAGCGCCACCUCGCCCUUCAGUCCUCCGUCCGCUUUCCAGCAAGCCGAACACCUCUUUGGUGUACAAAACGGCCAGCUACCUUUUACCAAUGGCCCCCCCACCCCCAACAGCAACAACGAUCAGACCUCCUUCUUUGCCAAUAAUCGCUCUGCUAGCAUGGACAACCUUGCCAUGGCAAAUAUGUACUCAGCUCCCGCUUCGAGCCACGCAAGCCGUGCUCCUAGCCCCAGCGGCCUUCGAAACAGUGCUCAGCAGAACCAAUUCGCUGCGCUUGCUAAUAGUCUAUUUGCUCCUGUUGCCGCGCCUCGUACCGCGCCCAUCAUUCACAAGAUUAUUCCUAACGAGGGUCCCAAGAUUGGCGGUAUCGAAGUCACUGUCCUAGGGGCUGCUUUCUUCCAGGGUCUUGAGGUUUGGUUCGGCGAUCAGCGCGCUACUACCACCACUUUCUGGGGCGAAUCGUCUCUUGUUUGCCUGCUGCCUCCUUCGCCUGUUUCCGGAACCGUACCGGUGACGUUUAAGCUGCAGGGUGUUUCGCCUCAAAACUUCCCCAUGGCCAAGCAGCCACCAACCUUCAAAUAUAUUGACGACAACGAAGACAAGCUGAUCAGAACAGCUCUUUCUGUUCUCGGGCAAAAGAUGUCAGGCCAGAUGGUGGAUGUGAGCGAUCUCGCACGACGAAUCCUCAACGACGGAAGCAACUCUGGCGGCUGGACUGGAGGCGCUUCUGGCGGCCCCUCGGGCAACGGCCCUCAAUUUAACCAUGCCUCGCACGAGCAUCUCGAGUCACAGUUGCUAAAGGUCUUGGAUCUGAUUGAUCUUGAUGACAGCGCGCACAGAACCAAGCUUGACCUGAGAAGAUCCACCGGUCACACUAUGCUUCAUCUUGCUUGCUCUCUCGGCUACCAUCGCUUUGUCGCUGCUCUGCUUGCCCGCGGUGCCAACCCUGACGCUCGCGACAAGGGAGGGUUCACCGCUUUGCACAUGGCUUCCAUCCAGAGCCACUCGGAGAUCGUUCGACGACUGAUCAUCGGCGGUGCUGACCCGACCAUCCGCAGCUUGUCUGGUCUUACUGCUGCUGAUGUUGCACAAUCUCGUGCCGUUGUUCGCGCUAUUCGCCACUCUGAGCGCCACGCUCGUUCCCGAAGCAGUGGCGGAUCCAUCCACAGCCGUACCAGCAGCUCGGCCUCUGUCAGGUCGCUGUGGGAGCCUCUUACCCGAGCAAACACUCACGACGGACCGAUUUCUAUUGCCUCGGGUGAAGAGAGCCCCGAGUAUACUUCCGGCGACUUUGAGGAUGAAGACCCUGACGAGAAUAGCUAUCUCAGCAUGAGACGCGCGAGCGAAAUCAAUGCCGACAAAGACAACUCUGAUGAUACUGUUGACGCCGAUGUGACCGAUGAUUCGGCACCGACGGCCAUGGCUGCUGCACUAAAGGACCAGUUCCAGCAACAGUUGCAACAGCUUCAGCAGACGAUGGCUAUGCAUUUCCAGAACCUGGCACAUAUUCCGCAACUGCCGCAAAUGCCUGGUAUGCCCGUGCUUCCAGACUACCAGGGCUAUUUCCAGCGCAUGCAGCAGUACGUACCUGGCAUGUCGGGCACAAGGCCCGACUCUGCCGAUGGGAACGCGCCAAAGGUGGAUAGCAGAUGGUGGGAUCUGUCAUCUUACGUGGGAGGUACGGCGGCCGCCCCCGCUCCGCCCCCAGCAUACGAAGAUAUUUUCCCUGCAAAAGAUGUCGAGGAGAAGCAGCGCGCUGCAGCAGAGGCUGCUUGUGAAGCCGAGGCCGACAUGAAGUGCUCCGCGCUGUACGACCAGCCUAAGACCAAGCUCAAGAAGAGGUCGUCCAGAAGCAAGCCUGCAGUAGCCAGCGUGGUUGCCGAGAGCUCCGAGACGGAAAUUCCGAGCGUUCUCAAGAUUGGACGCAAGAAUGCGAUUACCAAGGAACAGCAAGAUCAAUUCCUGCGGGCCAGGGAGCAGAAGCUGAAGCGACUCAGCAACGAUCGCAAGCUCUUCUUUGUCUGGAUUCCCCUGCUAGUGAUUAUGAUCUGCGCGAUGCUUUACAGCUACUUUCCGAAACUGUUCCCCUUCCUGUUCGAGUCGGCCAAGGCCGUGCUUCAAGUGGGACACGCCCGCGCCACCCGCUACUUGCAGAACAGACAAGAGCGUGUAGUGCCGGCAUGA